AUGCGUUUGCUACUACUUUUUUCAAUUGUUUCUAUUUCAUUGGUUACAUCAUCACCCGUUUCAGUUGGUGAUGGUUUUUCUUUACCAUCAGUAGACAAUAUUGAAGCACAUAUUGAUAACUUAUGGAUAAGUUUUAAACGAGGUUAUACUAUUGUCUAUAAUUCAACUGUUGAAGAAAUUCAUCGUUUUAAAAUAUUCAGCAAAAAUGUUAAAAUGAUUAUUCAACAUAAUAUUGAACAUGAUCUUGGUUUACAUACUUAUCGUGUUGGAAUCAAUAAAUUUGCAACAUUAACAAACGAAGAAUUUCGUCAACAAUUUAAUGGUUAUAAACGUGAAAAACAACAUCGUUCACAAUAUUCUGAUAUUCGUCGAAAUCAUAUUUCGAAAUCACCAUUUGUAGCUCUUCCAGCAUCAGUUGAUUGGCGAGAUCAAGGUGUUGUCACACCAGUCAAAGAUCAAGGGCAAUGUGGUUCAUGUUGGGCAUUCAGCACUACUGGUGCAUUAGAAAGUCAUCAUGCUCGUUCAUCAGGAAAAUUAGUUAGUUUAAGUGAACAACAACUUGUUGAUUGUUCAAAAAAUUGGGGUAAUGAAGGAUGUAACGGUGGCCUUAUGGAUAAUGCAUUUAAAUAUAUCCAUGACAACAAAGGUAUUGAUGAUGAAAGUAAUUAUCCUUAUGUUGGCAAAGAUGAAGCAGCUUGUAAAUUCAAACGAAAAUCUGUUGCUUCAACAUGUGAUGGUUUUGUUGAUAUUCCAGAAGGAAAUGAAACAGCAUUACAAGAAGCUUUAGCUCUUCAAGGACCCGUUUCAGUAGCUAUUGAUGCAAGUCAAUCAUCAUUUCAAUUCUAUGUUUCGGGUGUUUAUUCUGAUGCAUCAUGUUCAUCAACAGAACUUGAUCAUGGUGUUUUAGCUGUUGGUUAUGGUAUUGCUAAUGAUCCAGUAAAAGGUCAACAAGAAUAUUAUAUUGUUAAGAAUAGUUGGUCCGCUGCUUGGGGUGAUAAAGGAUAUAUUAAAAUGGCACGUAACAAGAAAAAUAUGUGUGGUAUUAGUACUGCUGCUAGUUAUCCACUUGUUACUGAUAAAUCUUCAUUAGAAAAUGAUAUUCUCGAAUUUUAA